AUGGCGGAAACUGUUACACAUAACAACAACAACGAAGAGGUCACAUUAGAAGGCGGCAAUCCUCCCAAGGAACCCGCCGAAACGCGCGAUUCUACCACCACUCCUUCUACCACCACUGCUUCUACUGCAACUCUCAAGCCCGGCGCUAACAAGGCAUCCGUCGUGCUAGCCAAUUGCGAACCCAAGCCCUUGAUGGCCACUCCUUACUCGGAUCGCAUUCAAGCUGCUAUGCGCGAUGGCAGUGUCCGUAUCCCCACCGAAGAACGCGAGAUGCGUGCUCGCGACUUGCUCGUCUUCUCCGACAGCGAGACCGAGUCCAAUCUCUCCCGUCCCCCUUCUCCGGACCGCGAUCGCUUCCCAAAGCACCGUCUCAGCGGUCUCCAGGCCAAGGAUCAGACCAUGGUCAAACACGGUCUUGAUGCCGACCGUCCCGAUGCUCUCACCGCACGUCUAGAGCUCACUCGCGAGAACAGCCCUUACGACCUUCGUGCCCAUUUGCCUACUCCCAGCUUUGCUCAGCUCGCUGGUCAGCUCGAUGGUUCAGCCAACAGCACCAAUCCUCCUUCCCUUGUUUCCUCAAGGCCUCCUUCCACCGGUGCCGCCGCUGGCACUGCUGCUGCUCCUGCAGAUGAGUCGCGACCUCGCAUCGCUUGGCGUCCUUCCUCGCCUCCACCGCGUGCCAUGUCGCCUAGCAAGGCUCCGGCUUCCACCAAGCUCAGCCACAACACGCUCUCGGCUGCCACAAAUGCCACCUUUGCCAACUCGGCCGCUCAAGAUGCCCGUGCUCCUGAGCAACAGCAACAGCAACAGCAACAGCAGUCGCGUCCUCUGCCACCUGUAGAGCCUACUCGUCUUGCCUCCAGCAGUCGAGUCGAGCACAAGGUCGAAAAGCCCAAAGAAAAAGAAUCCAAGGGCAUGUUCCGACGCAUGCUCUCCGGCGCCGCCGGUUACUCUGACAAGGACAAGGCAUCAAAGGAAGCUGAAGCCAGCCCUAGCCGCGAACGCCCAUCGCCUCACACCGCCGCCAGUCGGCAGGGCAGCGGUCAUAUUUCUCCCUUGCGAUCUCCUUCGCUCAGUCGAGGCUCCACGCCACCUACCAGUCCUCGCAACGAGAUGGACGAGCCAGCUCUCAACAACGCUUACCAGUCGAUGAACCUCACCAGCCCUCCUAGCAGUCAGCCAGCCAGUCGCAACGUUUCCAUCAAACGCAAGGAUGGCAAGGGCGACGGUGCCAAAGAUGGUGCCAGCGAAGGAAAUCGUCUCACUGUCGCUGCACUGCGUGAUUGGGAUGCCAAGGGUAAGCCUGACAAGUCCUCCUCCAGCAAAAAGUCGGAUCGUGGUAAAGAUGGCGAUGCCAAGUCGACCGCUUCCUCUACAUUGCGUGAAAUGAUCAUGGGUAGUGCUCCCAAGCUCAGUCGACGCGGUUCCAGUGCCAGCCACGGUAACAAGUCGGAUGGAGGUAGCAAGAAAGGCGGUAGCACUGCAGGCGGCGAAACUGCCAGUUUGCUCAAAAAGUACGGAGUUUGCGAGAAAGCUGCUAUCGGAAAAGGUGCAACUGCCGUUGUUCGUCUUGCUCACAAAUGGGAUCGAUCGACGGAAAAGCUCUACGCAGUCAAAGAGUUCCGAAAGCGUCGCAAGAACGAAACCGAAAAGGAAUACGUCAAGAAACUCACCUCUGAAUUCUGCAUCUCUUCCACCUUGCACCAUAUCAACAUUGUCGAAACCGUCGAUCUGGUUCAAGACGAAAACCGGCACUGGUGUGAAGUGAUGGAGUAUUGUCCCGGUGGUGAUCUCUAUGCUGCUAUCAAACGUGGUGGCAUGUCACAAGCCGAAGUAGAAUGCAACUUUAAGCAGAUCCUCAACGGCAUCUUUUAUCUACACUCGAUGGGAGUUGCUCAUCGAGAUAUCAAACCGGAAAACCUCCUACUCGAUGGACAUGGACACAUCAAGAUCACCGACUUUGGCGUUUCCGACGUUUUCAGGAUGUGUUGGGAAAAAUCCACGCACUACUCGAAAGGACUUUGUGGAUCCGAACCUUAUAUCGCACCGGAACAGUUUGAGAAGAAGGAAUACGAUGCCAGAUUGGUCGACGUUUGGGCUGCAGCAGUAGUUUUUUACUGUAUGCAGUUUCAGGAAUUGCCUUGGAGAGUGGCGAAAAUGUCGGAUCCAACGUUUAAGGAUUAUGCUCAACAGUAUAUUUGCUCGCCAGCUCCCUCACCCUUGUCGAAUCUAAGCCCGAGGGAAUGUAGACCAUUGUUGAAGAAGAUGUUAUCUCCCGAUCCAAAGGCAAGAUGGACAAUGGAUGAUGUAUUGAAGGAUCCUUGGUUGAUGGGUGUUGCUUUGUGUGACGAGGGGAGUAAGAAUGAUCAUACCCAUUCCGCUGCGACUAGUUGA